AUGCUUCAAACAGCAAACGUACGAGAAUUUGAUCCAGACGAUCUGUCGAAGGAACUAAAGAGCCUAGAACUAUCAGCUAACUUACCUGUACAAAGGAGCUUGGGACUCUACUGGAACAUGAACCUUGAUACAUUUACCUUCCAGAUCUCUACAGCCAGAAGCACCGGAUGGGACGAGCCACUCAUCGAUAUCGAAGGACAUAAAUGGCAGACAUGGAAAAGGAUGCUGUCCGAUCUCAAAGAUGUAUCCAUACCCUGUCAGUAUGUUCCAUGUUCUUUGCAAGGGAAUAUCCAUAUCAAGCUACAUGUGUUUUGUGACGCAUCUGAGAAAGCAAUUGCUGCGGUCAACUACAUUCAUGUGAUUUAUGAUGAAAACAAACACUAUGUAGGAUUUGUUAUUGGGAAGACCAAAGUUGCGCCCCCUCAUGGGCAUACAAUACCAAGACUCGAAUUGUGCUCUGCUCUUCUUGCAGUUGAAAUCUACCGAUUGGCCAAUGAACAUUCGAACAUCGAGUUUGACUCUGUGAAAUUCUACUCCGAUAGUAGAGUAGUUCUGGGGUAUAUUACCAACCAGACAAGAAGGUUUUUCAUUUACGUUUCGAAUCGAGUUGAGCAAAUACUCAAGCAUUUGACUCCGGAGCAAUGGAAUUACGUUCCCACAGGACUAAACCCUGCCGACAUUGGGACCAGAUGCAUAGCAGCUAACAAGCUUCAAAGCAGUGCUUGGAUACAGGGACCCAUUGAUAUUCUCAUGAGACAGUCACUAGAACCUGAUGAUGCCUCUAACCUGAUUACUUGCAAAUCUGAUGUGAAUACCUACCUGUCCGAAGUCAAGCCAGUACCUGAAUCUACAUCUAAACGAAGUAUUGUUGACAGAUUUGAGCGGUUCUCUCAGUGGUCCAGACUGGUGCGUGCGUUCGGUAUUCUUAAAACUAGAGCACACCAAAGAAGAAAGAAGACGUCAGACAAUCAGUCUGUUACCUUCAGUGAAACUGAAAACUUUAUCAUAAGUGUAGUACAGCACAGCGUUUAUAGCGAAGAGAUUCGAUGUAUCAGCAGUGCCCAGGCCCUUCCGAGAGGAAGCACGAUUCAAGCACUGGGUCCAGGCGUAGACGAGCAGGGCAUCCUACGUGUAGGAGGGAGACUCAACAAAUUGAAGUUGGAUAACUUUGAGAAGAACCCAGCUAUUAUCCCAUGGUCUCAUCACAUUGCUACCUUACUAGUCCGUCAUCACCAUGACGUAUUGAAACACCAGGCGCUGUCAGAUCUGCAGGACCCUGGAUCACUGGAGGAAAAAAGACUUGUAAUUUCCGUUAUUUACAAAUGCAUCACCUCCAAGAAGCUGAGAGGAAAGAUUGCGGCACAGAAAAUGGCUGACCUCCCAGCUGACCGGCUUGAACCUGCACCUCCAUUCACCAACGUCGGUGUUGACGUCUUUGGCCCCUGGCAGGUCGUCACUAGGAAAACACGAGGAGGGAAUGCAUCCUCAAACGAUGGGGUGUUUUAUUUACAUGCUUAG